AUGCCGCCAGCGAAGAGCUGCUGGAGUUGAUGAGGCAGUACUGGCACACGGACGAGGUGUCACGCCAGCAUGGCAACUCAGCUGAGCGCGACAUGUGGAAGGCGAGUAAGUCUCCUACAGCUCACCGCCACCCUCGGCGGCAGCUCACCGAGCCGGGCGGGGGCGACGCGGUGUACGCCAAGUUUCUCAACUGGGCGUCCUACAAGAGCUUUAAGGAGCGACAGAGCGACGACUUCACUCAUGACCCUGGCCGCACGCUCUUCCUCUCGACGCGGUGCAAGUGCCUGGUCCUCCCUGCUAUGGAGCAGUGCGCGUGCAAGAUCCACUCGCAGCAGGUGCUAUACAUCGAGGCCCUGGCCAAUGUCGACAUGACCAGCCACGGGGAAUGCCGGUGUCGAUGGUGUAACGCAGAUGGCGGCAGCAGGUGGCGGGAAACGUGGAAGCACUUGGGCACAUUCUCCGAUGCGAUUUCCUGCCCCAAGGUCGACUUGCAGGCAGUGAACCCGGAGGGUGACGGUUGGAUGGGGCGGAAACCGGAGUGCAACGCUUUGGACUGCGCGAAGUGUGGGUUCGGGGGGGCUGACGGCAUUCCCAUCUGCAGCAAGCUAGAGAACUCCGAGCAGACGGUGGUGUGGAAGAUGUUCGAGGACGUGAUUACUGCGCCUGCAUCAGCGGAUGGGAAGAUCAAGGCCAAGAAGCUCGCCACCCAGACCGUGCCCAAGGAGGGUAAGCUCUGCGAUCUUUGGUCGGCUUUCAAAGAGCAUACCAAGCGCAUGAUCAUGCCGGUUUACCCGCAGACAACGCUCAUGGUGGCCAUCGUACACUUCAACCCGCAGACGCACGUGGGGGGUGGCAGUGUGCACGUGGCGGAAACAUGAUCUUUGCAUCUGAAGACGUGGCGCAUGACUGAGAUUUCCACCUGCACGGCUUGGCCAGGAUGGCGGGCUACUACCUGCGUGGAGAUGGGAGCGAAGCAACAGCUGCCGCCCGGAAAGAAGGCCGGACGCCCCGGAUUCACAUGUUCACGGAUGGAUGCGGGAAGCAGUACAAGGGAAGGCGGAAUUUCCGCUUCUUGGCCGACAGCGUGCGGCAAAUCGGCUUCUUCAUCGACCACCACUUCGCGGCCACAUCUCACUUCAAAGGUUGCCAUGAUGGGAUUGGCGGAGUGGCAAAGAACGCCAUGAAGAGGAGGGAGAGAUUUGGUGAGCGAAUCAUGGGGGCGGACGGGGUGGUCAGCUUUUUGCGAAGCUUCUUUCGGGAGAAGGCAGGCAGCGAGGGGGAGGAGGGUAUGCGGAAGUAUUUCGCGAAGUGGUCUCCGUACUGCAUGCGGAGGGUGCACGUCGAGUUGAUCGGCAAGAAGGAGAUAUAUCGACCAAAUUCGGUCCUGGUAGGCAUAGAGGGUACACGAGACAUGUACCACUUCGCGGGAGUAAACACUCCCAGUGGGAUGGGUCCACCACGACCGAGGGGCGCGAAGAUGACUGCAAGCUGGUACGAAAGAGCGAGGGGCGGGGUAGCUUGUCGAGUCAAGUGAAGAGCAGGUUGCGGGAAGUCAAGGUGUUGGGAGCAGUAGCGAGCAGAUGGAAGGGUAAGGGGGCUGGGCUGCAGGAUCCGGUGUCGGGGGAGGAAGACGUGACUUGCAGAAAGGUGAAACGGACGUACAGGCUCAGGACUCGGCUGGCGUCGUGCUUCUGCUCGGCGUGCCAGCGUUGCGAGUAUGAGCAGUGCUACGUCAGCAAGACGUACCCACGUCUCGUUCCCGCAUUGCACGAGGGCGAAGUGAAGGAAAUGGUGAUCAUGGACACUGGAGUAGCGCCCGUAGACAAAGAUAACUCCCGGGGGAUCCAGUUCGGGAGUAGGAGGAAGGAAUGCAUGGUGAAAAGAAUGACUGGGACACAAUGGCCAGAAUGCGAAUCUGCUGCUGCGUCAAAGAUUUGGAAGAGCUUGGUAGGAAGGACGAGCCCAAUAUUUUUGCCCGUUUUGGGCGGUGGGCUGGUUUUUAAGUGAUGUGCUUCUUGCAUUUGCUUGUGGAGCAGUAGGUGGGGUUCAAAGCCCGUUUGAGGUACAACUUGGGGGU